AAAGAAAGCUAUGGGAACACAGUGCAAAUUCUCAUGCAUCAGUGUGCCAAUUUGUUAUCUCUGUUUACGCAAAAUCUUUGAAAUCUUGUAUUUUUGUGAGUCGUUAGAAUAGCACAGCACUGGUUCACAGGUCUAUCCCAGACUGUUUGAGCUGUCACAGCAUAAAGGAUCUGUUCUCUAAGAAAGAUUUGGAGCAACUCUCAUAAACUUUCCAUUCAUCUUAGUAAAAGACCCUUCAUACAAGGCAUCAUCAGAUGCCACAGGGAAAUAGGAAGCAGUUCCCAUAAUAGUAAAUGUAGCAAAUAUGUGAUAGAGUGGUGAAGACAGUUCUGAAACAGUCCUGGAUUUAGACCCUGCUUACUGUUUUCUCUGAGUCAUUUUUUCCAAGUGGCUCUUCUGAGACACAGUGAAACACUGUGGCACUGGUUGCUUCCUAUCCACACAGCAUUCCUCAGGACACUUCAAGCAACAGUGCAGAGAAGGAAAAAGGGCUGGGAACAGCAUUCUCUGGUUAGAACUUAGCAAAGGCAAACUUAGCAAAGAGGUUAAAAAUGGGAGAAAUUCUCCACUGAUCCAGUCAGAUGGAGGACAUGAAUAGCUCAGUUCACAAGGACAGGGAAUAGCAAGUAGAAAGGAAAGUCAAACAGUAGGUUAUAAAGGGAAAUUGCUGCCAUGAAAGAAUAUACAUAAACAGCCUACAUGCCCUAGUUUGGUGAAAGCUACCAACAAGAAUUGGUGUCCAUAGCAGCCCAGAGAAGCAGAACAGGAAAGCUGGAUAUGGCAAAAUCUCAUUUCUGUGAAGGUGUGGACAAACUUUGGCAGCCACCAAUGCAAUGGUAUCUUGAGACCCAGAGAAGAUGCAGUGGAAGUGAAGGAGGGAAGGCACUGGGUGCCCUGAGGUAGGAGUGCCCUCCUGCAGCAGCUAUGUUACACUAUGCCUGGCAGCUCUACGGGAGGUGGUGCCGCUGGUCCAGUCCUUUCAUCCACUUUCUCACUCUGACUGUAGUGACAUUUGGUGUGCUGGCUCCUUUGAUUUGCCACCGACUCCUCUACUCUUAUUUUUAUUUGCGGCGCUGGCACCUGAAUCCCAUGAGCCAGGAGUUCUUGAGUCAGAACCGGCAGGAGGGUCAGGCUGCCCUCCAUUAUUUUGAGAAGCUGCAGAUACCAAAUAUCUCCAAGGCCUCCAACAGUGAAACCUUUCGGCCCUUGCUGCUGGUCACCAUUAUCACUGUGCAGAGGCGGGAUGAUUUCCACUAUGUCUUGCAGGUGGCAUCCCGUUUCCACCGCCUCCUCCAGCAAUGUGGGACAAAUUGCCAGAGCCACCGUGUCCUCGUCUGUAACGUGGAGCCUGACCCCAGUCAUCAUCAGGAUGUCAAGCUGCUGAGCAGCUUCUUUCCUAUGGUCAGUCGUGACAAAACUGGGGAGGACCCUGACCCUAGAGUGAACCACUUUGAGAAGGAGAAGCAGGACUAUGUCUUCUGCCUUGAGCAGUCGCUCUUGGCAUAUAACCCAGAAUAUGUCCUGGUAGUGGAAGAUGAUGCUGUGCCAGAGGAAGAGAUAUUCUCUGUCUUGCAGCACCUCUUCUUAGCCCGAUUCUCCAAACCAUACCUCAGAGAUGCACUCUACUUCAAACUUUACCAUCCUGAGAGGCUUCAGCAGUAUGUCAACCCUGAGCCCAUGCGAAUCCUCGAGUGGCUGGGUUUGGGAAUGUUUCUGGGGCCUGUGCUGAACUGUGUGUACUCCUGGGCAGCUGGGCGCCCGAGCCUGAAUUGGCCCAUCAUCUUGUUCUUUGCUGCCUAUAGCAUGGCACUGUCAGAGCUGGUGGGACGGCACUACCUGCUGGAGCUGCGCCGGCUGGCCCCUGUGCUGUAUAACGUUGUGCCGGUCACAGAGUGCUGCACACCUGCCAUGCUGUUCUCUGCUUCUUCUGCCCAUCGUGUCUUAGGUUACUUGAAGGGGUUGCAGUGUCGCCAGGGUUUUGCUAAGGACAUUGCCCUCUACUCACUGCUGCGCACGAAGGGGGAGAAUGCCUACGUGGUGGAACCCAACCUGGUCCGGCAUGUGGGGAUGUAUUCCAGCCUUCGCCUAAACGACAACCCAAAACUGCUGUGAUGUCUUCAUGCCUUUCUAGACACAAAGCCCUGAAAACCUUGUCACUGAGCUGACACCGCAAUCUCAAAUGCUGAACACCCUGCCACUCGCACCAAAUAUCUCCUGCCUCCAAGUGGACAGAGAACAACACCUGAAAAACAAGUUUCUCAAGAAAUGAAGCUUAUGUACAUGCAGACCCUAAUCCGUAUUUUGAACUAAUUACUGUUCAGCACGUAUGGCUUGGAUCGGAUGAUCUCAAUGGUCUUGCCAACCUUAAUGAUUCAACCAUGCUAUAUGAGUGGGAAGUGGAGGCUUUCAGAUUAGGAUGUGGGUCAAGUACUCUCUUUCACCAUGAUCAACGAAAAGAUCUCACACCAUUACAAACAGCUGUACUGCCUACUCUCCUUUGCAUUCAUUACAGAAUUCCCAGCCUAGGGAAGAAGCAAUGCUGGACAAAGUGAAUGUGUCUAAUUUAAGCUAGUGAGGAGAAAGGGCUCUUAUUUGCCCAUCUUCACUAAGAUGUGAUGUCUGACUUUUUCAAAGUUGUGGUUCUAAGCACAUCUUUCAAAAGCAGCAUAGAUGUAAUAAGAACUUUCCCUGGAAAAUCAUGUAAGUUCUGCAAAUUUUGCUAAUAAUUUAAUUAUUUCUUACUAUCUCUCCUUACAGAUCCUGUCUGUACCUAUACCCUUUCCUGUCCUUUUCCUCAGAGCAGAGGUCAUUGGAAACUUGUCUCUGCUGCUUUGUUAAAGGUCAGGUCAGAAGAUAGGAAUAGGAAAGCAGAAUAACAGCCACUGGUGCUCACAGCCACAUCACAAAUACACAAUUUCAUAGAUGCAUUUCCAGAAAUUAUAAACAACACAUAAUUACUACCAUGUUGGUUGGUAUCACAACUACUUGUAGAGGAUCUAGGUUGUUAAGAGCUUUUAUCAGUUGCUGAUUGGACUUGGACAUUCAACAGGAAUUUACCUUGACUUCCAAUCAGCACAGAAGCAAAGGGAAGAUUACAUCAGGUGCUGCCACAGUGUGGGGUUCCUUAUUUCAUUUUGGAACUGUAACUUACAGCUCUGUCAAAGUGGUCCACUCACUGCUCCUGGCAGCAGGCAAAGAGGCCAUAAGAAACUAAGCUAGCUGUCAUAUAAAGAAGCAACACAUCAAAGUACCACUCCUCUGCUGACCCAUUAACUUAACCUGUUCUGUUUGUCAGGCAUUUGGGAUAGGUACUUUGUACCUUAGCUGUGAGCACAGUUAAAUAUAAAACCAUGGGGAUAACAAAGAUACCAUAUAAUAUCAAGACUGUCACCAAAACGUAGCUGAAGAAAAGCCCUCUUGGACUUCUGUGGGCUUUGAAUCAAGUUCACGUUUAGGUGGAGUUUGCUUGAGCAAUACUUGAAACCAGCUUCCUAACUUCAGAAUUAACCAAUUAAUUAACCAAUAGCAUUUUCAUUGAGUUUUGUUUGGGGAUGGUUGUUUAUUCCUUUAUUCUUGCCAAAGAAAUAACUCUACUUUGAAUUUUUCUUUUCUCAGUCUCUACCAGGUGAUUUAAGCCUUCAGCUUUUAACAAGUUUGGCUGCAGGUGGAAAAGGCAUAAAAAUCUUGAGAGGUGAAUCAUUUGCAGACCUCCAGCUGUGUUGUGUCCAUAGUGGGUACUGAACACAAGGUACACGUGCUCAACAUAGGUUAGCCAAUUAGAAAUGGCUUCACAGCUUGGGUCAGUGCAGGCUCAGACAGAUGAACUUUGCUUGCUUAGUAGAUCAGCUAGGACACUUUGAUAUCUUCUUUGGAAAUCAGAUGUGAAUAAAGCUUGCUUGUGGAUUCCAUAUCAUUCCAAAGGCCAAACACCUCUUCUGCCAGAGGACACAGAAAAGAUUGCACAGACAGAACUCUUAUGUUCAUUCUUAGCUGCCGAAAACCCCAAAGAUAUCAAAAUGGUCACACAGAACCACAAGUGGCAGGUGGGCAAGCCUAUUCUUGGGCUUUAUGAUAACAAGGUAAGAUGGCAGGAUGUGAGUGUCACUUUCUAUUUAUUCCACUAAGUGCCUGCACCUGCAAGUACAACUUGUUUGCUUAUGUUUCUUCAGCUUUGAAUGUUUCAGUGUGGUAUGCUUUCUCUUCACUCUUUUUUUUCCAGCUUUGUACUGUACAAAUCCAGAACAACAUCCUGUUAUUUUCAUGAGGGUUCACUCAUGCUUGCAGUGAAAAUCUCACUGUAAGCUAUAAUUUGGAUAUUAGGAAAAAAUUUUUCUCCAAAAGAGUGAUCAGGUGCUGGAACAGGCAGCCAAAAGUGUUGGUCGAGUCACUGUCCCUGGAGGUGUUCAAGAAAUAUUUACAUGUUGUACUGUGGUUUAGUGGGAAAUACUGGCGACAGGUUGAUAAAUCUUGGAGGUCUUUUCCAACCUUCAUGAUUCUAUGGCUCUAUAAUUCUAUAAUAAGUGGGAUAGAGAAAGAAAAAAUGAAAGAAGGAAAAGGAAUUAAGAAACUUUAGAUAAGAAUGCAACCAACUAUAUGGAGUCAAUAAAUGUUUUGAUGUGGGAAAUUAUGUAUCAGUUUGUCUCCAAGUUAUUUUCCUUUUAUUUUGCCCUGUAUUACUCAGUUGUUCUAGUAGUCAGUAAUCUGACUAAGCUUUAUAUCUGAAAGCUGAGAACAUGAACUUCAGGCAUCCCUCUAAAACUAGAAAGCCACUUACAGUGCAACAGCCCAGGGAGUUUGGCUAGGAGAAAACAGCAAACAGCAUUUGGAGGGGCAACAACUUCAACCUGCGAGUGAACGAGCUCCUGAUAAGCCACUUAAGUGCCCUAUUCACCUUUACAAUGGAGGUGGUUCUUUCACUGAGCCAGCUGGGAGCCAUUC